GCCCCUGCCAGGAGCUGCAGUGUGGCCUGAGCAGGCCAAGCCAGCGCCAGUCUCGCCUACAUGACGCCGCCAAACACUCACACCACACACAGCUGAUCUCAGGAGCUACUGCAACUGCUGCUGUUCAGGCCACAGAGCAAGGAGCUGGGCGCCGUGUUAAGGGAUAGAACAAAUGCUAGAAGAGAAGACAGCAAAGAAAAGUUAAAGGAAAGAAGAAGGAAAGAAGAUUGAACUGGAGUUUUAAGGGAGCGAAGAAGAGAAGUUGUGGAUGAAAUGACAGGUACAGGAAAAACGUGCACACAGGAAUGUGCACUGAUGACUGGAGUCAUUACUAACAAACCUUGAAUGGAUAACAUUGCAGUUAGACGUCAGUUGCAGAGUGACAAUAAUUUUGCAGAAAGGGCUGUUACCAAGAAACUUGAAUCUAGACUCAUUUGGGGAAAGUUGAUGCAGAGUGAAGGCCAGUUUGGCUGAAAAACGUCUCCAAGGACACAUUUUUUGUUAUACUUGACAGUUUCGUGUCUGUUUUCUAGCAAGGAGAGACACAAUAUUAUUACCUAGGGCCACCUCAACUGGACUGUCAGCUGGAAAUCGGACAUUUCGAACACUGCAAGACUUCAGCCAUUCUUUGGGCAGCUGUCACUGUUGAGAUGAUUCAUAACACACUUAAGUCCACCCAGCCAUCGGAGCACAGCCCCAGGAGCACACACUCUGCUGCGCAAAGGAGGCUGUGGAGGUACUCGGGCUGCAGAGGGGCCGGCCAGGUGGAAAGUCACCGUCGCAGUGUGUGUGUGCUGGCUGCAGACUUGAACGCUGGAGGAGGAGGAGGUGGAGGUGUGAUGCACACUAUCCACGGGCUGUGUCACCUCUGCAUUGGCUGUAGGCUGCCUCAGGUGACCAUCCUUCGAGGAAAGGAUGGAUACGGCUUCACCAUCUGCUCGGAUUCCCCUGUGAGGGUGCAGGCUGUUGAUCCAGGGGGUCCAGCGGAUCAGGCAGGUCUACAGCAGUUGGACACUCUCCUGCAGCUAAAUGGUCAACCAGUGGAGCAGUGGAAAUGUGUAGACUUGGCCCAUGCUAUCAGAAACAGCUCCAAUGAAAUCACAGUGGUGGUGUGGCGCACGGGCCCCUCAGCUAAGCCUAGUUUUGAGGGCCUCAUCCACCGGCCCUCUUAUAAGCCCUCCGCCUCAAACUAUGAUGCCCCCUCACCCCCUACUCGCAGGCGCGCACCAGACGUUGGCACCAGCAAAACCCCACCAGCUGUGCCGCCUCUCCCAGCCCACCACCGUGCCACUGCCACUCGCCGGCUGCUGGUCAAUGGCUCCGAAGCUGGAAAUAGCAGUGGAGUAGGUGUAGGGACGCUGGGGUGGGGGGCCCAGGGAGGGUCGACCGAGGAGCUGGAUGGGAAACCGCGACAGCUCCACCACCCUCACACUGCCACACUGAAGGGUACCAGGGUGAAGGCAUCUAACGGGGACAACUAUAUCAUCCUUGCCCCCAUCAACCCUGGAAGCCAGAUCUUGAGGCCUGUUUACCAAGACAACCAGGGAACAUUAGCUGCCAGGUUAUAUCCCACACGGCAGGCCUCUGGUCCACAGCCCCAGGGUGGUGGUAAGGGUGGUUUUUCUGGAGGUGUGAGUGGUGGUGGUGGUGGUGGAGGUCUCUCUAGCCGUACUGGCUUCCUGCGUCGGUCUAACAACUCCAAGACAACAAAGAUGGCGUCCACCUCAACUAAUGCUGGUGUACCCAACUACCAACAGCAGAAUGCCAAUUUUGCCAAUUACCAGAACUGUACCAUUGUCCGCUCACACACUCCACAUGCCAACUACGGAUAUGUCAAAGUGGCACCAAAGAUCCUUAUCUUCCCCAUCUUUGUUCAGCCUCUCGACCUGUGCAGCCGAGCUCUCAUCAUAUCUGAGGAGAUGAUAUUACAUGAGAGCAAGCACCACUCUCUCAAGGUUACAGUGUUUGUCUACAGUGACCUGAUGCUGGUGACAAGAGAAAAUGAGCCAGGCAGGUGUAACGUCCUUCAGAGUCCCCUGUACCUCAGACAGCUGAGGCUCCAGGAUGAUUAUGCUGAAGAGCUGAGAUUCUACCUUAUUCACAUGACCGAGAAGUGUGACUGCCUGCUCAGCCUGGAAGCCUAUUCAGCAGACCAGAAGCGCCGCGUGUGUCAGUGCCUGAAGGACAACAUUGACAAGCAGCUCCAGCUUCACAGGAGGGAGGCUCGUGUUCCGCAUUUUGAACAGAUGUUGGAGCCUAAGGUGGAUGCCCCUUCAUGUGAGCUGGGUGGAGUAGGCGGAGAUCGAGAUGUAUGCCUCCACCUGCCCCCCCGCAGUUCGGAAGGUGAGGAAAGCAGCCUGUAUCCCUCCAGUCCCUCAGAGCCCCCGACCCUGGGCAGUCCUCACCCCUCAGAGCCUGUCACCCCGUUGGAUGAAAUCUACAUGCCCCUUGGGGGUCUAAUGGGAUCCGAGGAGCGACAUAAGGUCCCUCCAACCCCACCUCCUUCCACCGAGGGUGAGGACUGCAAGAGUAUGGAGGGGAACGAGAUGGACAUCUGGAGAGAGGGGAAGGAUGGGGACAGCAGGAGAGAGGAAGAUGAGGAGAAUGAGGAUGGGGCCAGCAGAAAGAGUCCAGGGAGUGAGGGGGAAGAGAAAGAAGAGACGGGAGAGAGGAAUGAAGAGGAAGUUGACCUAAACUUGAUGGUGUCAAACACAGAUGAAGAUAACGCCUCUGAGCCACCUGACACCAACGCCCCCCCCUCGUCCUCCUCAUCCUCAUUUGUCAUCCCCGAGUUGCGCCUUGAUCGCUCCUUUAGUGCCGAUGCCCUCUCCUCACCCAACACCGAUGAAGAAGAGUACGAUGAAGAUGAAGACGAGGAGUCUGAAGAGGAGGACGAUGAAGAUGACAGUGACGAUGCCUACCUGCAGCGCAGUGACAGCAAGCGCCGCAGCAUGGUGGAGGGUGCCACUUGUGAGAAGCAUGGAGGAGGGGGCCUCAGUGUGCAGAAUUCCCUCCGCAGGCGCACCCACAGUGAAGGGAGCCUUCUGCAGGACCCCCGCCAGCCUUGUUUCACCUCCGACAACGCCAUCAACUGCCUGGAGGCAGGGGGAGCGCACCACAAGGGCGGUUGGACGCUCCCAUCACCUAAAACUCUGAAGAAAGAGCUAACCAAGAAUGGAGGCUCCAUGCAUCAGCUGUGUAUGCUGUUUUCUGGGAGGAAGCUGAGCUCCGGAUCCCCCUGUAGCUGCGAGGUCUGCCCCGAAGGAACAAAGAAGAAGAAAUCCAAGAACCUGGCCAAAGACAUGAAGAAUCGGCUGGCUUUCCUGCGGAGGAGGAAUGAAUCCCCAGGAAGCAACCCAGCCAGCAAGUUAGACAAAGCUAUGAAGUCAGUCAAGCCCACCCCGGAGGAGGCACUGAAAUGGGGGGACUCGCUUGACAAGCUGCUGGCACACAAAUAUGGUCUGGCAGCUUUCAGAGCUUUCCUGCGCACGGAGUUCAGCGAGGAGAAUCUGGAAUUCUGGCUAGCAUGUGAGGAAUACAAGAAGGUCAAAUCGCAGUCCAAGAUGGCCUCAAAAGCCAAGAAAAUCUUUGCAGAGUACAUCGCCAUCCAGUCCUGUAAAGAGGUAAAUCUGGACUCGUAUACCAGAGAUCACACUAAGGACAACCUGCAGAAUGUGACACGCUCCUGCUUUGACCUAGCGCAGAGGCGGAUAUACGGGCUGAUGGAGAAGGACUCAUACCCCCGCUUCCUGCGCUCAGAACUCUACUCGGACUUAAUCAACCAAAAAAAGCCCAGCUCCACUCCAACUUCAUCUGCAUCAUAAGAGACCAGAAAAUGAUAUAAGGGGAAGAGAAAGAUGAUGAUGAGAACGGGGGAAAACGGGGUAGACUUGAAAACAGUACGGGGUUGGGAUGUGAGGUUCUUUGUUUGCCUUUUUUAAAAAUUGAUUUUGUGUCUGUCAUUAUGUCCACUAUGAUUUUUUUGGUUGUUAUGAUGUGAGAGGACGGCAAAGCUAUGGCACUGCAAAGGAAUGUAGUUUACACAUUUACCAGGUGGAUGGAUGAAUGAAUGGAUUGAUUAACGGAUGGAUGGGUGUUAGUAAAAAUACAGAAGCCCAAAAGCAAGGGCUUGGAGCAGGAGCUGGACGCUUGUCUGAUCCCCCCCCCCCCCCCCCCCCCACACACACACACACACACGUUUUUAAGUUUUCAUCCAGUUGUACUGGAGAAAAUGAGGGGUUGCUCAGAAAACCCUGCAGACAUGAAUGACAGUCCGGUACUGUUUUUUCACUUUUUCCCCUUCAUUUCCUUUUAAAACUCCAACUUUAAAUCCCCUCCUUUCCUCCACCAUUCCACCGUUUUCUCUAUGAAGCCACUUCAAAGCUGUUGGUACGACACAAGAUCCUUUUUCUUCCUGUUUUUGUUUUUUUUAUCAGCCUCUAAACUGUAUGAUGGUGGGGCGGGGGAGAUGUCUGAAUGAAAGCUAGCGCUAUGGCUCUGUUUCACAUGCAUCUCUGUUAAACACCUACACCCUCUCAAAGCUUCUAUAAAUGGCUUUCGCCAUAUUCAGUUCUCCCAAGACUGUGGAAACAUACUGUGAGCGUUCACAAGCGGGACAAAGAUGGAGACAGCGAUGGGCAAAGAACAUAAAUGUACAAAUAACGGAUGGACUGGAGCUGUGAUGAAACACAGACAUGUGUCACUCACUCUCACAUUCAAAGCCAGUAAUGGAAAAAAAGACGACUUGCUUCCUGUCUCCAAAGACUGUUUACAACAAGGAACGAAAAACUGAAGAAGAAAAUGGCAGAAGUGUUCCCUGCAGCCAAACAACAUUUCUUUAACAUUGUAGCUCAUUCUGGACUAAUUGAGGAAGCAUUCUCAGGACAUUGCUAUGACAGGUUCCAGCUUCGUUUAUCUUCUCAGCUGUUUCUGUUUUUUUACACACUUACUGUUUUUAUAUGCUUUUGGGUUCCAACCUGCACUCCCUAGAUCUACUGAGCAAUACACAAGAGGUUGCUCGUGUCGUAGUCUGAGGAAAAAAUUGCUUCAUGUUGUACAAAAGUUUGCCUAUUUAUUUAGAUUAACUUGCUGGAUGCUUCUACAGACACCCAUCACCUCCUCUAAAGCACUCAGCUGAAAGCUCUCACUUUCCUCUUAACCACCAAACAGGUCCAGUGCUGUCCUGAACUUUUAAGUGCAAUAUGUUUUUUAUUUUAUUUUAUUAUUAUGUUUUGUUUGUUCAUUUCUUUGGAUAAUUUUGACUUUUUAUGGGGAAAGAUGAACGGCUUGAGCUCUGUAUUAACUUUAUUUGUUAAGAGAAAAAAACCCCAUAGAGCUAUAAGGUUGACUUACAACGCAAACUUUCAAGAAACAUAAGUAGUUUAAUGAAUUUUAAGCAAGUGAUUCUAACUGUGUUAACCCCUGGCAGCAGGCAGCUGGGGGUGUUAUGGUUGUAAAUAUAAUUCUUUAAGAAAACUAUGUGAUAACACAUUAAAAUAAACAAAAACAAAAAACCAAUAGGUCUCUGCUGGUGGUGAAAGUGGGACUCAGCUGUAUCUAUGUAAAUAUGAGAGACUCAAAACUAUAAGAUGACAUGUAUUGUUAAAAUAAAAUAGGUGAGCAAGAGCAGGUACGAUCUGCUCUUUUGCCUGGUCAUGCACUGCUUGUAAGGAGUUUUCUGAAAUGCAUUUUAUCAUUUUCACUGUUUACAAUUCAAAAUGCAUCUCCUGUGAUAGCAAGUGAAAACAGUAGAGUACAUUUGGUGUCAUUGCUAAUGAUAAAUAAACCAACCAACUGAUGAAAUAA